ACGGGUUGGGUCGGUUUGUUCACCCCUAGAUUGCCGAUGGGCGGAAGCGGUACUAGCAUUGGAAAGUUGAAUAUUCAACAAAUAUAGUCAAAGUCAUCGGUGUGUUCCUCCCUACUUUGCUUGGCAUAUACGUGGUCAUGCUUUUAGCGUAUGGCCAUACACAGUGAUGAGUUUCACAACGAGUACUAGUACCUCUCCGGCGGAGAUGACGUCAGUUGCGGUGGCUGUUAAUGGUCAUCCUGGCGGCAAAGGGGGGAAGGACAGCCUACGCGCCGUGAAAUGGGCGGUGGAGAACUUGAUGUCAAAAGCUCAUCAUUUCGUCUUAAUUCACGUCGUUCCUACCAUCACUUCCAUCCCUUCACCUUCAGGACCUCCUAUCCCAAUCAAAGAGCUGGAUGCUAAUGUGGUGACUAUGUAUCUUCAUGAGAUGAAAGUGAAAUUUGAAGAUAUCUUCGUUCCGUACAAGAAACUAUGCAAAACAAGAGAGAUGGAAACUUUAGUGUUGGAAGGGGAAAAUCCUGCAGCAGUGCUUGUAAGAUAUAUAUCUGACUCAAAAAUAACAUAUUUAGUAUUGGGCUCCUGGACUUCUAAUUUUAUGACAAGGACAAUAAAGGGCCCUGGUAUACCAUCAACAGUACUGAAAGAUGCGCCUGGCACAUGUACUAUAUACGUGGUGUCAAGAGACAAUCUCAUCACCAAUUCAGUCAAUGCUUUGUCAACUAGUGGGAGAAGCUCUAAGAUUUGGUUGUUUUCUCAAAAUAAGCAUGGAUCUUUCAGGAUUAAGAAACUGCCAUCUGGACAUUAUUCUUCCAGUGUGGAAUCUAAAGAUUUUGACAUGAUUGGAGCAUCAUCAAUGACUGCAUAUAAUGAUCCACACUCUCAAUCAUUACCACAUGGAAGUUCUCAUAAUUAUUCUUUAGUUGUUCAGCAGGGUAACUAUCAGACCGCUGAAGCUGGUGUUGCAGAUGCUCAUAAGCUAAAUCAAUUUACCUAUAUUUCUUCUCAGAAUGUGGAGCAGGCUGAAGCUGAAAGGGUGCGUACAGAGUUGAGAAAUACUGUGGCUAUGUAUAAUCAAGCAUGUGAAAACCUGGUCCAUGCUCAAGCUAAGAUCCAUCUUAUUUCUUCUGACUGCCUUGAAGAAUCAAAAAGAGUAAAUGCAGCUCUUAAAAGAGAAGAAACAUUCAGAAAAAUUGCUGCUGAAGAAAAAGAGAAGCAUUUGGAAGCCGUGAAAGAGAUUGAGAUCGCAAGAAAUUUGCUUACCAAGGAGGGCUAUGAAAGAGAGCUAGCUGAGUUGAAUUACCUCAGAGAGUCCGUGGAGAAACAAAAGAUUGCUCAUGCACUCUUCUUGAGUGAUAAAAGGUACAAGAGGUAUACACGUGAAGAAAUAAAAAUGGCAACUGGUAACUUUUCCGUGAAUAACUUAAUUGGUGAGGGAGCAUACGGAAAAGUUUACACAUGCAAGCUUGAUCACAUCCCAGUGGCCAUCAAAGUUCUUCGUCCUGGUGCCGAUAAGAAACACGAGUUUCUGAAAGAGGUUGAAGUUCUCAGCAAAUUACGUCACCCGCACAUGGUUUUACUACUUGGAGCUUGUCCAGAAGAUGGCUGCCUAGUUUAUGAAUUCAUGGAGAAGGGGAACCUGGAAGAUCAUAUAUUCCGGAGAAGUGGCAGACCACCUCUUCCAUGGUUUAUUCGAUUUCGUAUAGCUUUUGAAAUAGCCUGUGGACUUGCAUUCUUACAUAACUCAAAGCCAGAUCCAAUCAUUCACUGUGACCUAAAACCUGGGAAUAUCUUGUUAGACAAGAACUUUGUGAGCAAAAUUGGAGAUGUGGGUUUGGCGAAACUCAUUUCAGAUGUUGUACCUGACAACAUCACAGAAUAUGGCGACUCCAUUAUUGCUGGUACCCUUUUCUACAUGGAUCCAGAGUAUCAAAGAACAGGCACUAUCCGGCCUAAAUCUGAUGUAUAUGCUUUUGGAAUCAUCACUCUUCAAUUGUUGACUGGUUGCCGGCCAAAGGGUCUUAUAUUGAGAGUUGAGGAUGCUCUUGAAAAUGGUUCCAUAUAUGAAGUUCUAGAUAAGUCAGUUACAGAUUGGCCACUACCCGAAGCAGAGGAACUCGCUCGAAUAGCACUGCAGUGCUCCAGUCUAAGAUGCAGAGAUAGGCCAGAUCUUGACCAAGAAGUGCUUCCAGUUCUAAAAAAACUUGUUGACUUUUCAGAUUCACACACAGAGGUGCAGAGGUUUAAUAUUGACGCACCUGCUCAUUACUACUGUCCGAUCCUUCAGGAAGUAAUGGUUGAUCCGUACAUUGCUCCUGAUGGUUUCACUUAUGAGCACAAAGCAAUAAAGUUGUGGCUUGAGAAACACAACGUAUCGCCAGUGACAAAGCUCCGUCUCCAGCAAAAGAUGAUUCAUCCAAAUCACACUUUGCGUUCUGCCAUACAAGAGUGGACAUCUCGUGUACAACAUCCACAGGGACCUGGAUCGCAUAAUGUAUGUAUAGGAUUGGAUGAGAUGCUUCCGUCAAAUAUCCUGCCAGGGACCUGGGCCGCAUAAUGUAUGCAAAGGAUUGGAUGAGAUGCUUAUAUCAAAUAUCUAGUUGGGCUUCUGUUAAGAAUAAAGUGCUUGAGUUUGACCAGAGAAGCACAGUAGAAAAUCAAGAGGACUUAACUAGAUGUAAAAUUAAGUUUUCGUGGUUGUUUUUAGUUGAUUUUGUGCUUGCUUUUCUCAUAUUAAUACGUGCUUGAAGGGGCACUCAUUUUUAGUAUUUGCAAACACUAACUACUUAUUUUGCAAUUAAACGUAAUUUUUAAUAAAUUUUUUUAAAGUUGUA